AUGAAGUCCGUCGCCCUCAUUGCUAUAACUCUCAUCGCCGUCUCGUGCGGAGUCUAUGGAGCGCCUCAGCCUCCUCCCCCCGUCACGACACGCACGCCCGACGUGGUAGGGGCACCAGGAACCCCCGAAAACAGCAAGCCGUACCCUGGUUAUCCGCCGUAUCCCGGCUAUCCCGGCUACCCUGGCUAUCCGCCCAACCCAGGAUUUCCGAAGAAGAAAGAUUAG